AUGUCCCUCAGAAUUCUUGCCAGACAUUGGCGUAUGCCGAAGCUGGCCCCUCUGAAGACCAGCCUGGCUAGAUCAUAUGCUUCACAGAUCGAGAAAGCAUCGACGUAUGCGGGCGCAGGCAUUCUAUCUGGUUUCACCGGAGAAAACGCUCAUCAUUUGGUGGAUGUUUCCCGUGUUUUGGUGAUUGGCUCUGGAGGAUUGUCUAUUGGUCAAGCGGGAGAGUUUGACUAUUCCGGUUCCCAGGCCAUCAAGGCUCUGAAGGAGGCCAACAAGCAAUCGAUCUUGAUUAACCCUAAUAUUGCUACCAACCAGACUUCGCAUGCCCUUGCCGACGAGAUCUACUAUCUUCCAGUGACUCCGGAAUACAUCACCUAUAUUAUCGAGAGAGAAAGACCGGACGGAGUGUUGCUCACUUUCGGAGGCCAAACUGGUUUGAACGUUGGUGUGCAGCUGGAAAAAAUGGGUAUUUUCAAAAAGUACGGUGUCAAGGUUCUUGGAACUCCAAUCAAGACUCUGGAGACGUCCGAGGAUAGAGACCUGUUUGCUCAGGCGCUUAAUGAGAUCAACAUCCCAAUCGCCGAGUCCAUUGCUGUUGAUACUGUUGACGAUGCUCUUGCUGCUGCCGACAAGAUCGGAUAUCCUAUAAUUGUCAGAUCUGCCUACGCUCUGGGGGGUCUUGGGUCUGGUUUCGCUGCCAACGAGACAGAGCUGAGAAACCUCGCUUCGCAGUCGCUUUCCCUGGCUCCUCAGAUUCUUGUUGAGAAGUCGCUGAAAGGAUGGAAAGAGGUCGAGUACGAGGUGGUCAGAGACAGAGUUGGAAAUUGCAUCACUGUCUGUAACAUGGAGAACUUCGACCCAUUGGGAAUCCACACGGGUGACUCGAUCGUGGUUGCUCCUUCGCAGACGCUUUCUGACGAGGAGUACCACAUGCUCAGAUCUGCUGCCAUCAAGAUUAUCCGUCACCUCGGUGUUGUUGGAGAGUGUAACGUGCAAUAUGCAUUGCAGCCGGACGGACUUGACUACAGAGUCAUUGAGGUGAAUGCCCGUUUGUCCAGAUCGUCAGCCCUGGCCUCCAAGGCUACCGGAUAUCCCUUGGCCUACACUGCGGCCAAGAUUGCUCUUGGCUACACUCUGCCAGAGCUGCCUAACCCCGUCACCAAGACGACGAGUGCCAACUUCGAGCCUUCCCUCGACUAUAUGGUCACCAAGAUCCCAAGAUGGGACCUGUCGAAGUUCCAGCACGUCAAGAGAGACAUCGGCUCGUCGAUGAAGUCUGUUGGAGAGGUGAUGGCCAUCGGACGUAAUUUCGAGGAGUCAUUCCAGAAGGCCAUCAGACAGGUGGACCCUUCGUUCAUAGGAUUCCAGGGAGCCAAGUUUGACGACCUUGACCACGCUCUGUCGCACCCUACCGACAGAAGAUGGCUUGCAGUCGGCCAAGCGUUGUUGCACGAGAACUACACGGUUGACAGAGUGCACGAGCUAUCGAAAAUUGACAAAUGGUUCCUGUACAAGCUCAGCAACAUUGUGGAGAUGCAGAAAGAGCUGGAGGCUAUUGGCUCGCUGUUCGGCGUGACCCAGGACGUGAUGAGCCGCGCCAAGAAGCUCGGGUUCUCCGACAAGCAGAUUGCUCUUGCUGUCGGCUCUACAGAGCUGGAGGUGCGCGCCAGAAGGAAGUCAUUCGGCAUCACUCCGUUCGUGAAGAAGAUCGAUACGCUCGCCGCCGAGUUCCCUGCCGACACGAACUACCUGUACACUACUUACAACGCCACGUCGCACGACGUGAAAUUUGACGAGUUUGGAACCAUGGUCUUGGGAUCCGGUGUCUACCGUAUUGGCUCGUCUGUCGAGUUCGACUGGUGUGCCGUUUCCGCCGCCCGUGCUCUGAGAGAGGCAGGCAAGAAGACCGUCAUGGUCAACUACAACCCAGAGACCGUUUCGACGGACUUCGACGAGGUCGACCGGCUGUACUUCGAAGAGCUCUCCUUCGAGAGAGUCAUGGACAUCUACGAGCUGGAGAACGCUAAGGGCCUGGUUGUUUCCGUUGGCGGCCAGCUUCCGCAGAACAUUGCUCUCAAGCUGCAACAACAGGGCGCCAAGGUUCUUGGAACCAACCCUGAGGACAUCGACAAGGCCGAGGACAGACACAAGUUUAGCAGCAUUCUGGACUCCAUCAGCGUCGACCAGCCAGCCUGGAAAGAGCUCACGUCCGUCGAGGAGGCCGAGAGAUUUGCCAACGAGGUCGGCUACCCGGUUCUUGUCAGACCGUCGUACGUUCUUUCUGGUGCUGCCAUGUCAGUGAUUCGCUCGGAAUCUGAGCUGGAGCAGAAACUCACCAACGCUGCAGACGUUUCCGCCGAACAUCCCGUGGUGAUUUCGAAAUUCAUCGAAGGAGCGCAGGAAAUCGAUAUCGACGCUGUGGCCUCCCAUGGAAAAGUCCUGGUGCACGCCGUCUCGGAGCACGUCGAGAACGCAGGGAUCCACUCUGGUGACGCUACUCUGGUGCUACCUCCACAGGGACUUGACCAGGAAACCAUGGAUAGACUGAAGGAGAUCGCCGACAAGGUUGCUGCUGCAUGGAACAUCACCGGGCCGUUCAACAUGCAAAUCAUCAAGGCCGAGAACCCAAGCACCGGAAAGCCAGACCUCAAAGUCAUCGAGUGUAACAUCCGUGCCUCGAGAUCGUUCCCAUUCGUUUCGAAGGUGCUGGGCGUCAACUUCAUCGACGUCGCCGUCAAGGCAUUGCUGGACAGCAAUGUCCCUGCUCCGGUCGACCUGAUGAAAAAACCCUACAACUACGUUGCUACCAAAGUGCCGCAGUUCUCUUUCACCCGAUUGGCUGGUGCAGACCCAUUCCUGGGCGUCGAAAUGGCGUCUACCGGAGAAGUGGCCUGUUUCGGAGACAACCUAGUUGACGCAUACUGGACCUCCAUCCUGUCGACCAUGAACUUCCACGUGCCUAAACCACCUGCUGGUAUUCUCUUUGGAGGAGACUUGUCGAACGACAACCUCGGUAAUGUUGCCAAGAAACUGAGCCCGCUGGGAUACAAGUUCUACGUCGCCUCUCCUUCUGUCGCCGAAUACCUGAGCAAGUAUGUUGGCACUCCUGUUGAGGUGAUUGAAUUCCCUAAGGAAAAUAAGAGAGAACUGAGGGAGGUUUUCCAGAAGUACGACAUCAAGUGUGUCUUCAACCUUGCCAAGGAACGGGCCGAGAGUCUGUUGGACGAGGACUACGUUAUGCGGAGAAACGCAAUCGACUUUGCCAUCCCACUUUUCAACGAGCCGCAGACCUCCUUGCUGUUCUCUCAGUGUCUCGCUGAAAAACUGCCAGCUCUGCUGGCCAACCAGGCCAAGUCGGAGGUGGUGAUUCCUUCAGAGGUGAAGAGAUGGAGCGAGUUCAUUGGUGGAAAGCCUGUCUAA